AUGUCAGCUAAGUUGGCCACAAAUCAUAAAAUCAUCGAACACGGAGUAUUCCCUGUUGGCCAUUUGAAGAAAUCCAGCAUCAAAGUCCAGGGGGUAAAUGCCAUAGCAAAUAACUCUCAUUCACAGAUGGCACCUAUUUACAACUUCUUAAGUACGGGGGAACUUCCCGCAUAUAGGUCCGUAUCUAAGAAGAUUCAAUAUCAGGCCCCACACUAUGUGAUUAUGGAUGGGAAGUUGUACCGCAGAGGGUUAUCGAUGCCAUACCUAAGGUGUAUUCCUGGAACAAAAAUUAAUGCAGUGGUCCACGGAGGUUUCUACAGAGAUCAAACUUCUGGGCCCAGCCUUUCCAAGAAAAUCCUACGACAAGGAUACUUUUGGCCCACUAUGAAGAAGGAUUGCAUGGAAUACAUGAGGAAGUGUGAACAGUGUUAG